UUCAUGGACUAGUUCUAAAUCUGGAGCCCAGAUGAAGCUGAACUAGUAUGGAGUUCUUAGUUUUUCAAGAUCCAUAUGUGCCCAGCUUAAUCACCACCAACUCCCUUGGUUUCAUGGCUAAAGAGCAAAACUCUGAUGAUGGAAAGGCAAAAGACUUAAUUUGCUUCAGUCUCAUCUAAAGUCAACUGAAAAGUGAACCAGAGAGUGGUGCCGCCAUGGAAAGAAAUUCAAGUCUGUGGAAGAACUUAGUAGAUGAACACCCAGUCUGCACAGCCUGGACGCAAGAGGCUGAAGGAGCCAUUUAUCAUCUUGCCAGUAUUUUCUUUGUAGUAGGUUUCAUGGGUGGCAGUGGAUUCUACGGGCUCCUUUAUGUCUUCAGUUUGCUGGGAUUGGGUUUUCUCUGUUCUGCCGUCUGGGCUUGGGUAGAUGUCUGUGCAGCCGACAUAUUUUCCUGGAAUUUUGUACUGUUUGUCAUCUGCUUCAUGCAGUUUGUUCAUAUUGCAUAUCAAGUCCGCAGCAUAACCUUUGCCCGAGAAUUCCAGGUGCUGUACAGCUCCCUUUUCCAGCCCCUGGGGAUCUCUUUGCCUGUCUUCAGAACGAUUGCUUUGAGCUCCGAAGUGGUUACUUUGGAAAAGGAGCACUGUUAUGCCAUGCAGGGGAAAACCUCCAUUGAUAAACUCUCUCUGCUUGUUUCAGGAAGGAUCAGAGUGACAGUCGAUGGUGAAUUUCUGCACUACAUUUUCCCCCUCCAGUUCCUGGAUUCUCCUGAGUGGGAUUCACUGAGACCCACAGAGGAAGGCAUUUUUCAGGUAACCCUUACAGCAGAAACUGAUUGUCGCUAUGUGUCUUGGAGGAGAAAGAAAUUAUAUUUGCUUUUUGCUCAGCACCGUUACAUCUCCCGCCUGUUUUCAGUUUUAAUUGGCAGUGACAUUGCAGACAAACUCUAUGCCCUGAAUGACAGGAUAUAUAUAGGAAAAAGACACCACUACGAUACUCGGUUACCCAACUUCUACCAACUGUCAAGUCCAGAAAUGCCCAGAUCAACCCUGACAGGACAUUUUUGGAAUUCCAGACAAUACUGUGAGAAAUGACAUCAAUUCUGAAGAUUUAUAAUGAUUAAAAAAAGACUAUCUUCAUCAUUCCCCAAAUGAAACAGUAAAAUAAAAUCGAGCUUACUAAUAUUUUUAUAAAUCAAAUUCAGAGGCAAGAUGCCAUUGCCAGCUGUUUUAUUCAUCUGAACUUCUGCAUCGUGAAUAAAUUUUACAAGGUUCCUUGUAUUUCUUGCUCUUGUAAUGGGAGGAGGUAGAUAACUAUGAGCAGUUCGCCCUUUUCUGCGGCAGAACUGGGAGAAUGACAUUUCACAUUCUCAGAUGGUAGUCUUGCCCUGUUGACUUCGUGUUGCUUCUCAAGAAGCGGCCAGCAAGCAUGCUCGGCAUGAGAGUGGAUUGCUGCAGACCACAAGGCGUUCCCAGGAUUCGCUUCUUUUUGUUUGUUUGUUUUGUUACAAUCUCUGAUGAAAGAUGUAUUAUGGUGGUGAGCAGCAAUGAUCUAUUUUAAAUGUGCAGUUAUUUGAUAUGACUACAAUGUAGAAUAAAUGCAAGCAAUGAUAAUAUG